AUGACCCAGCUGCGGGUCCUCCGAGCCGCCGGGCUCCAGCUCCUGAGGCGGGCUGCGACCCCUCCGCUGCCCCGGGGGCUGCUGCUGCUGCCGCCGGGGACAUGUCCGCACGCACCGGGCCGCCGCAUGGGGACACACGGGAGGAGCGAGCCCGGGGAACCGCUCAACUCCCCGAAGAGGGCGAAGGAGUUCAUCUACGGGCUCCAGGCCCCGGAGAGGACGUGUCUGCUCCGGGAGCUGCAGAACUUCGAGUCCAUGGCCAUCGCUCAAGAGAGCCUCGCGCCCACGCCGCUGACUUCAGAUCAGAUCAGAUAUGUUCUGUUCCACAACGCCAUCCCCUUCGUUGGAUUUGGUUUCCUCGAUAACGCCAUCAUGAUCGCAGCAGGAACUCAGAUCGAACUCUCCAUCGGAGUCACCCUGGGCAUCUCCACCAUGGCAGCUGCCGCUCUGGGGAACCUGGUCUCAGAUCUGGCCGGUCUCGGUCUUGCAGGUUAUGUGGAGGCCCUGGCCACCAGGCUGGGGAUGCAGGUUCCUGAUAUGACGCCCAAGCAGGCGGACAUGUGGCAGACCAGGGUCAGCUCGCACAUGGGUAAAGCCAUCGGUGUAACCAUCGGCUGCAUUCUGGGGAUGUUCCCGCUCUUCUUCCUGGAUGACGAGAAGGAGAAGGAGAAGAAGGAGAAGAAGAAGAAGGACGCACAACCCUGCGGAGACGCCACGUCCUCCUAACGAGUCUCCACCGCUGCACCUACAAACUGGAAACCACUGAAGUCGACUCUGACGAGUAUUUACAGUUUGAUGUUUCUCCGUCCGGCUGCACUCGUGCUUUGGAAAUCUGAUGAUAUUUAGUUUUCUGUGGCAUUUCCUCCAUCUCACUAAAAUCCAUUCUUCUAUAAAUCCAGUUUGGCCGAGGGAACGGUGACGUGCGUUUGAUUCCAUCAUCGAUUCUUCAUAUCGACCUCAUCAGACCUCACGUUCCAGCUCCUGCUGUGGCUCGGUGGUCCAGCGGGUUGAUAUGAGGAAUCGAUGCCGUGUAGCUGCUGUGAACGUGAGACACACACUCACCGGUUCCACUCGACUUCUUUCCACACACGAGCGUCAGAAACACAAACUAGAUACAAACCGACUGUUCAAACACUAUUUAAAGGUUUCAUUGUUUUUACUUGUUUACUAUUUGAUCCUUGUUGUUUUUUUACACAUUUGAAGACGUCUCUUAAACACUAUCUGUUCAAUUUGUGUUCAGUCAAAUGUCUCUGAUUGUUUCAGCUGAAUCUCUAAACGGCCACAAAUAAAUGUAAGAAGCAGUCGGGACAGAAUCAUCUGCUACCUCGAGUCGGUUGUGUUGCAUGAAGAACUGAUGAAGCUCUACUCUCAUCACGUUUUAUUAAAUGUUGUGUAAGUGUUGAAUCACAAAAGAGACGCUGGAAAGUACUUUCUCUUCACUCGUGUUUUUAUUUUUACGAUUCUUUAAAAGCUCUUUGUUUGUGACUCGAAGCUUCAGUUGGUUGAGGCUCGUUUCCCAGUCGGGACACUGGUCUGUACUGGGAUCUCGACUCGUCUCCUGUCGCUCAGACUCACUCCCACAAAAUCACAGCUGUGACGCGACACCUCAUUAUAUCAAAUAUUAUAUCACAUCAUCUCCAAAUCAAGGCUGUAACUAAUGAUUGAGUUGUUUUCUAAUUUGCUGAUAAAAUUAUGAAUGCAUCAGUUGUUGAUUAUUGAAAUUUCCCCAGAGCCCAAGUCAAUUUCUGUUAUUGUUGUAUUUUCCAACCAAACUCAAAUAUAUUCAACAAUAAUAUAGACGAGCAAAUCUUCAUAUUUUCAAAGUUUUAUCGAUUUCUCUUGAACUUGAGGAAUAUUGAAAAAAGCCAAUGGAUGAUGUCACAACUGCUCAUUUAGUCUAUUUUCUUCAUUUGUUUGAAACUCUACAGAAGCAGUUCUGAAUUAUUUAAGUUUGAAAGUUGCCAUAACGUAAGAUUUUUUUUCUUUUUCUGGUUUUUAAUCCUAAAAUGAUUGCGAUGCUGUUUGUAACCAUGAAACCUGAACUUGUAUGUUCCUGCCUCAUCUCAUGUUUUAUUCAUUUUGCUCUUCAUGAUGAUAUUUAAGCACAAUUUCGUCCUCUGGAGGCAAAAUGAGAAAAAUGAUUUAUAGUAAAAGAUCAAAGUGUCAAAGGAAUGUUGUUGUGCUGCCCCCUUGUGGACAAUGAAGCAGCAGCACUGAUUCGUGUGUUUGAAGUUUGUUUUACAUUUUGUGCAAUUGACAACAUGACAAUAAAUCUGGGUGGUAUUUACCUCCGGCUCUG